AUGAAUCUGGCCAGGAAGAGCGGUUGCCUCGCUACCUCUCCUGGUGACGUGGCCACCUCAAGCUGCCACCUCCCCACACACACCAGGCACUCCCUCAGCACACCAGGGAACACCUCACAGCACACCCUACAGCUGCCCCUCCCCACACACCACAGGCACUCCCCCAGCACCUUGGGCACCCCUCAGCAACUUAGCACACCCCUACAGCUGCCCCCUCCCAACACACUUCAGGCAACCCCUCAGCACCUUAGGGUACACCUGGCACAUCCCCUACAGCCCCCUCCCCACACACCACAGGCACUCAGCACCUUGGGGUACACCUCCCAGCACCCCCAGCUGCCAGCUGCCUCCUCCCAGCACCCCUACCUGCUGCCCAGCUGCCUCCUCCCCACACACCACAGGCACCCCUCAGCACCUUGGCUGUCCCCCUCACACACACCACAGGCACCCCCUCAGCACCUUGGGCACACCUCCCAGCUCACCCAAGAAGUCCUCCCCCUUCUGCAACACAUCACAUCAUCGGACUGGCCCCUCUCCCCACACACCACAGGCAACCCCCUUAGCACCUUCUGGCACACAUCCCAGCACACCCCCACAGCAGCCGCCUCCCCACGCACCCACACAGGCACCCCUCAGCACCGUAGCACACCCCAGCUGCAUCCUCCCACACACCACAGGCACCCCCUCAGAACCUUAGCUGAGUCUCUCCCCACACACCACACAGGCACUCUUCUCAGCACCUUAGGCACACCUCCCAGCACACUCGCACCCCUCAGCAGCACCUUAGGUUUACACCUAUCAGCACACCCCUACAGCUGCCCCCUCCCCACACACCACAGGCACCUUCAGCACCUUGGGUACACCUCCCCAGCACACCCCAGCAAGCUGCCCCCUCCCACACCACAGGUACCCUUCAGCACCUUAGACACCCCACAGCUGCCCCCUCCCACCCCACACACCACAGGCACCCCUCAGCACCCCAGGGUACACCUCCCAGCACACACCCCCACAGCUGCCCCUCCGCACACAUCACAGGCACUCCCCAGCACCCAAGUGGACGCCACAAAGAAGCCUCUGCAGCAACCAUACGAUGGCCCCUUCACCGUUAUCAAGAGGACGCGGAAGAACGUCACCAUUGACCGCCACGGCAAAUCCGAUGUCAUCGCCAUCGACCGGGUCAAGCCCGCGUACCUCCUGCAGCCGGAUCCUUCACCCACCAACACCGUGUCAGUGUCCCCCACCCCAGUGAUUGCAUACAAACUCCAGUCCCACAAGAACACAUUACAGGCCAGUCAGCAAACCAAUAGUCCUCGCAGGAAUCACAGGUCACCAGAAAAUCCCACGUCGGCAACUCCCACCAGUACGCAAAGUGCUGGGAUACAUCUCACGUUUGAAGGUAUCCACACCAGUUCUACAGGGUCCUCCAAGGUGCCGAAGCCACUUCAGACAGAUUUGAAGCUGUCUGCAUAG